AUGACAUCGCCUUCCGAAAGCCGAGUUGCCAUCAUCACCGGAGCUACCGGUGGCAUGGGAAUCAAGAUUGCCCAAACCCUCUGCGCGCAGGGCUGGAAGAUCACCUGUCUCGACCUGCAGCAGGAGGCCGGCGACGCGCUGGUCGAGAGUCUGGGACAAGACAACGCGAUGUUCGUCCGGACCAACCUCGCCAAGUACGAAGAUCAAGUCCACGCCUUCCGGGAAACGUUUCGGCGUUGGGGUCGGAUUGAUGCUCUGUGUGCCAAUGCGGGCAUCGUCGACCGCUCCUCGGUCUACAUCUACAACUGGCGCGAGAAGAAGGCCGACGAUGUUCCCCCGGAGCCUGAUCUCUCCACCACCGACGUCGACUACAAAGCCGUGGUCUACGGCGUGCAGCUCGCCACGCAUUUCAUGCGACACAACCCCCAGCCUGGCGGUCGCAUUGUCGUGACCAGCAGCAUUGCGUCGAUCUUCCCUCACCCCUCGUACCCCGAGUAUUGUGGUGCCAAGGCCGCCGUGAACAUUUUUGUACAAGGGAUCGCGCCCCUGCUGAAGCAGAAGGAGAACAUCUUCAUCAACUGUGUGCUUCCAGGCAUUGUGCCUACUCCGAUCAUUCCCCCAGAGAUGAUUGCCGCAGUGGCUCCCGAGCAUCUUACCCCGGUCGAGACGAUUGUGAAAGCAUUCCAGACCUUCUUGGAAGAUUCCACGGGCAUGACAGGGGAGCUGCUGGAGUGUUCCGGAGAGAAAUUGAUUUACUACAAGCCGAGGGAGAUGGGCAAUGGCGCGGCCACCAAACGUGCCGUGACGGUGUGGGAGCCACUGUUCCAGAUGAUGCACAAAGAAACCUCCCAGCUGGCCGAUGCGAUUCCUUAG